GUGAUGCAGUCGGGAGAAAUCCAUCAGUACUCUCGCUUGAUGAGAGGGAUGGUCUAAAGCACAGUAGCAAACCAGCGCUUGUUAAUUUCCCCAUGAUUUCUGAAGAGGCCACGAUACAGCCACCACACACACGCAUCCUCAGUCGCACAACCAACUAAUUGGUCCUUGAUAAAGAAGUGCCACAAGCGGACACUCGUGCGCAGAACCCAUCUCGGUUAAGCCAAGCACAGUCAAGUUAAACUCCACUAAAACAGGCUAGGCUAAAGCGAAACCAUCGUCGAGCAAAGAGGCUCCCAGUAUUUUCCCGGCUUUAAAUGCAACACUACUCGAGAAACACAGACUUUGAAGUUGUAUCGAAAAAGAGAAAGAUGGAGCGACGGGAAAGUGAAUGCAGUACUUCCUUCAGUAUUGAUAGUAUUCUUGCCUCUACAUCCUCCAAGUCUCCCUCCGGGGCGGAAGAAAGCCCACCGGCAGUUGUAUCGAGUCGAGAGUCACUCCACGAUCACCGUGAAAUGGAGGAAAUGGGUACCGGGCAGAAAGCUGAUCUUCCCCGUAGGGAUUACCCCUUCGCCCCGGCAGCGGCACCCUUCUCACCCGGACAUUGGUACCCCUGGUUGCACGCCAAUGCCUUUCUCCACUACGCUUAUGAAAGUGCUAUGUUACACCAGCCUCAUCUGUCCAGACCCUCACCGUCCAGCGCUCCUCAGACCUCCCCUACCCACUCGACUAAAUCCAGCAGCCGCUCACAAUCACCUAACAAACCCCACAGCCCAGACCCACAGACGGAGGACAGAACAAGCGACGUGGACAGCGAUAGUGGGAUGAAAUCAAACAGCGACGGAAGCGACCAGAACCAGCGAAAGAAGAAGAAAAAGACACGCACCGUAUUCUCACGUAGCCAGGUAUUCCAACUGGAGACAACGUUCGACAUGAAACGUUACCUCUCAAGCUCAGAGCGGGCUGGACUGGCCGCGUCUCUACACCUCACAGAAACUCAAGUCAAGAUUUGGUUUCAGAACCGAAGGAACAAAUGGAAACGCCAGAUCGCCGCUGAACUUGAAGCUGCCAACAUGGCGCACGUUGCUCAUGCCCAGGUUCAGGCUCAAGCUCAGGCUGCCCAAAGGAUGGUUCGAGUCCCUAUCUUGUACCAUGAGAACGUCCCCCCUAGACCCAUACAAGGGGAGUCUAAUACCUCGGUGUUAUCUCGCCACCAAAUUCUUCAUCAACUUCCCGUCAACUACUCCCAACCCUUCCAACACCUUGCACCAUCCGCUCGGAACCCGGUUACGAGUAUUGUAACAUAACACAUAAACAUAUAUUCAGAUAGUCUUUAUUUUGGACGCUAUGCGACCUUCAAUGUAUAGUGAUUAUGGUGUUCACACGUGCAAUGUAUUAGCAAAACGUUAACAUUAUUAUAAAAACGUUUAUUAUAAAGUAUGUCAAAAUGUUAUGUUAUGUGUUAUAUAUAUUAUUACCAGAUGACAAAAGGUGGACGCGUGUAUAGAGUGAUUUGUUUGUAUAGAUACUGUAUUAUCAAAAUUUUGAAUAUUGCCACUUUUAAUUAUUGUAUAAUUGGCCUGUUAAUAAACACAAAGGGUUUUCUUUGGCUUGUCUGAUAUCUUUAAAAUGUUUAUGUUAGUGAUUUGCGCUUGUCUUUAAUUGGUGAAACAUUUAUGCACGAACUGAUGCACAAUAGGCAUAGUAUGUUCGUCAAUGUCAACUGUUUAAAGUAUAUCUUUUUCUACCGACGGUUUUCUGACGAUAAACUAAAUUCUGUCUUUCAUGUUGGACAUUAAAGUUCAUCUAUGAGUGUGUCCUUUGUCACAAAACGUCAGUGGAAUUGAUCAGAUAAAUGCAAACCAGGCUGCGUUUCUCUUUUAUUUCAAACAUUUUUCUUUAAAGGCGCUGGAAACUUCUGGUAAUUGUCAAAGACUAGUUUUCUCAACGUCGGUGUA